GUGAUGGAGGGAGAUUCUCUUACUCUACACACUAAUAUUACUGAAAUACAGAGAGAUGAUGACAUACUGUGGGUGUUUAUAACUGGGAGGGCUAUUAUCGCUAAAAGUUUUAAUAAUUUCAAUGAUUUCUUUAUAUAUGAUGUUGAUUUUGAUGGGAGAUUCAGAGACAGACUGCAGGUGAAUAAUCAGACUGGAGAUCUCACCAUCACACACAUCACAACUGAAGACUCUGGACUUUAUCAAAUGGACAUCAGAUUCAACAGAAGGAUCUCAUCCAGACUCAAUGUUACUGUCUAUGGUGUUGUUGGUGAUGAAGUGAAGUCAGUGUCAGUGAUGGAGGGAGAUUCUCUUACUCUACACACUGAUACUGAAAUACAGACAGAUGAUCUGAUACUGUGGAGGUUUGGACCUCAAGAGACUCUUAUAGCUCAAAUCAAUAGAGCGGCUAAUAAAACAACAAUAUAUGAUGAUGAGAGAUUCAGAGACAGACUGCAGGUGAAUUAUCAGACUGGAGAUCUCAUCAUCACAAACAUCACAACUCAACACACUGGACUUUAUCAAAUGAUCAUCAUCGGCAAACAGAAGACUUCAUACAGAUUCAAUGUUACUGUCUAUGUGUCUGCAGGUGUUGUUGGUGAUGAAGUGAAGUCAGUGCCAGUGAUGGAGGGAGAUUCUGUUACUCUACACACUCAUAUUACUGAAAUAAAGACAGAUGAUCGGAUACUGUGGAGCUUUGGACCUCAAAAGUCUCUCAUAGCUAAAAUUAAUAGAGAAGCGAAUAUAAUCUCAAUAUAUGAUGAUGUUCUUGAUGGGAGAUUCAGAGACAGACUGCAGUUAAAUGAUCAGACUGGAGAUCUCAUCAUCACAAACAUCACAUCUAAACACACUGGACUUUAUCAAGUAACCAUCUACAGCAAACAGAAGACCUCAUACAGAUUCAGUGUUACUGUCUAUGAUUCAGAUUCUGUCAAGCUGUGAUCUGAUUGGUCGUCUUCGCUCUGGUGGGCGUGCCUGCUGUUGUUGUACUGUUUUAUGACAUCAGACCCAGAAGAGCUGAACAGGAGAGAUCAGAUCAGCAUUAAUGUCUCACAUGUAGAAAACAUUCACACUACUAAAAGUAUUUUAUAGCCUUAAGUAUUAAAUGACUUUAUUUCCACUCUCCUUUUUCGCAUUGUUUGUGUGUUUAGAGGGCUUUAACAUCUUCAAACACAUUUAAUGUAAUGAUCUGUCAUUCAUUCAUCAUUAUUGAUCUGUCAGUUGUGUUUGUUGUGUUGGUGAUGUUUCUUCUUCAAGUGUCUGAUAUUAAAACAUUCAGCUUCGAACAGAUCACAAGUGCAGAAUAUAUACUGUAUGUACUUACAUUUACACUUAAAACUAACAAAAUAAAAAUACUAUCUAAACAUCUGGGUCUAUAUUUAUGGUGUAAUACAAGUACUGAUCAUCUUUAUUGCUUUUAUUUUUCAGCAUAUUAAAGAUGAGCAAUAGUUUCUUAAACCUCAGGACAAUGUGAUAUAUUGACCAUAACAAACAGUUUGCAUUGUGGCUU